GGGGGGGAGGAGGGAAAAGAGGAGGAGAAGGAGGAGGAGAGGACUGGCACGAGUACGCCUGUUCCGAAGAUACAGGAGCAGAAGGGUAUGUUCAACGCCAUGCGUGAAGAGAUCGACAACGACGACCCAUCAGACGACGACGUCCAACCAACCGUCUUCAAACAAGCCUGGGACGCUACAAUCGAAGACGACAACCACCUCCUCUUCGGCCGGUCCCAGACCCCCGUCGCAAUGUACACGCUGCACCCGCAGCCAGUUCAGGGAUUCCAGCUGUGGCAGCUGUAUCUCGACAACGUGAACCCCUUGUUGAAAGUCACGCAUACGCCCAGCCUGCAAGGCCAGAUUAUAGAAGCCGCGGGGAACAUCUUGAACAUCGCGCCGAAACUGGAGGCGCUCAUGUUCGGCAUCUACUGCACCGCCGUCUCGAGUCUCAGUGAGGAGGAGUGUAGGGGAAUGUUUGGGACGAACAAGUCGGAGCUUUUAGCGGCGUAUCAUCUGGGGUGUCAACAGGCGCUGUUGAAUAGUCGGUUUCUGCGGUGUACGAGUCGCGACUGCUUGACUGCGCUGUACCUUUAUCUUAUCUCCGUCAGAACCAACACGACCCCUGAGUCUCUGUCCUCGAUGCUCGGCGUUGCGGUCCGUAUCGCGCAACGUAUGGGCAUCCACAGUGAAGCCGCGCUGGCCAAACUCACGCCCCUCGAAGCCGAAAUGAGCAGACGACUCUGGUGGUCGCUCAUCCUGUUCGACACGCGAAUAGGCGAAAUGGCCGACUUCCAAGCCACAUCACUACUGCCCCUGUGGGACUGCAGCGUGCCUCUUAACGUGAAUGACUCGGAUCUGCGACACGACAUGAAAGAGGCGCCACGUGUGCAGGGAAAAAGCACCGACGCGCUUUUUGCCGUUGUGCGCAGCGAGAUGGGGGAGUUUGUUCGUCGCACCGUGUUCCAUCUGGGCUACUACGCGCCGUCUCUCCUGCCCAGGGACGUCCACACGGAAGGUGGGGAGACAAACCGCUUUGAGAAGACAAUCCAGGCCAAGUACCUCGACUUCUGCGAUCUCGAUAACCCACUGCACUUCACAAUCCUCUGGACGACACGCGAGACUAUCGCGAAAUUCCGCCUCAUGGAGCACCACUCGCGGUACGCCGGCUCCGCACUCCACCAAGCCGAGACGCAGCGCGAAGCAGCGCUCUCCUACGCGCUCAGGAUGCUGGAAUGCAACACGAAGCUCGUCAGCUCCCCCCUAACAAAGGGGUUCCUGUGGAUGGUACACGCCUACUUCCCGUUCGUCGCGUACAUCCAGACAGUGCAGUAUCUGAAGUGGCGGCCCGUGGGUGAUCAAGCCACGACGGCGUGGCGAGUGAUGAGCGAGAAUUACCACGCGAAUGAUGAGUUGCUGGCGGGAGGAUCGCGCUUCUUUGAGCUGCUGGCGGGGUUUGUGCUACAGGCUUGGGAGGCGCGCGAGGCUGCUUCUGCGUCAUCGAUGGAGAUGUCGCGGCUGGUGGUGUCUAUUAGGCAGCGGUUGGCGCGUAUGGCAGAGGUUUCUGGCGCUCGGGAACGAUGUGAUGAUGUGGCGGUUGGGUUGGCGGGUUUUGUCACAUCCACGGAUAUGGGUGGCAAUGUCUACGAUCCCAUUCAUGACAUGGGCGUGCUCGAUGAUUAUGCAUCAUCGGGGCUGGGGUCGUGUGUUGAUCUACCCGGGCUGUCUCUGCAAGAUGUCCAGAUGGAUGGCGUGGACUGGUCUGCGAUGAACUGGGAUGCUUUGAAUGGUGGGACAGGUGCGGUUGCAGGCCAGGAGCAGCAUGAUCAACAUUGAUGAGCGGAUGGGAGUGCACUGCCGUACAGGUAGAAUCGUUGAUUACUCUUCAUCAUGUCGGUCUGGCCUUGCCUUGGCGAUUUGUUUUACUGGGCAAAGACAACGGAAACAGAAGUUUGUCGGGUCGAGUGAGUUGAGUGAGGCGACUUGUUCAGUUCAGCCACUGACUUCAGACUCGUUUUGAGAUCCUGGAGCAGGAGUAUAUGCGAGACAAGUGAAGCGGUUACCGUGCAGAUGGAUGGUUCUAUCUGGAUGUGGUGGUGGGGCUGUGUUACUGUGGCGUGUGUCUGGAUGGUCGUUAAGAGGGGAGUGUGUUGAUUAGAAGACGAUGUUUGUAGGACGUCAGGGAUGUAAGAUAUUUGGAGUAAUGGAGAUGCUGGAGAUGGAAUGGUCUGAGUGAGAUAUAGAGUUAUGUGGCUGAAGCAAUC